GUACAAAAUUCCAAUCGACCAACCAUCAUCCUUCUUCAAAAAUCACCACAAAAGGUCCGAGAUGAUCAAUUUCAAACCUUCGAAAAGAAAUUCCACUUGCAUCAAUCAAAUCAGACGUGCCUGGCCGAACGGAGAGUAGUUGUCGUGCGAUCGAAUCGAACAAACGAUGAACUCCAGGAACCUCCAAACUUGCUGAGUAAGAAGGACCACCAAGUAGCAACAUUGUUUUGAUCACGACGAAUGCCAUGGGGGAAGAAUCUGUUGUAAAGAAGCGCUCUCUUGGAUCGGCUGCAGCCGCAACGGCGGGAAGCGGGAGGAUCCAACUCCUCCUUCACUGCGUGGAUGGUUGCGUUCCAUACCUAAAUCCUUCCCAGCUAGAACAGCACUUUCCUCCGUCGGAAACCAAAGAUCUGUGGCUCGGACUUGCGGUGCGGGACUCGUGUGUUGCACCGAUUUACGCUAGCGCAGCCGAGAACAAACAGCGAAAAACCAAAACCAAAACCAAAACCAACACAGAUSAGAACCAGUCCACMGAAGACARCAAAAACAAGAACGACAAGAACAACACCAGAGAACAAAAGAUUCGAGGUUACACGUUUKGGGCUUUGUCUCCGGACCCGUGGUUGCUCCCGUACACCCGAUUCACCGUUCCGUCCUUUGGCCUCCAAGAGGCAAACGGGAAAACAUCCAGCACCUCCAACAACGCGGUCCAUGUUUGGACGCCGCACGGAAAGCAAAAGCUCACGCCCGGCCUAUAUGCGACUGCUGCGCUAGAAGGCCUGCAAUCGCACCACACGUUGUCCCUUUUCGACGACUUUGGCGACGAAGAAUUCUCGAGGCGACGGAGCGACAAGGCCGUCUCGCGGAACGUGGCGUGGUUUCGGGACAUUGCCUCCAAGAACCAAUCACUAGCGGCGGCAUCCAGGGACGAAGCAGUGGCAUCAAACRAUGAUUCCGCGGCAUCUUCGAGUGUCUACAGCUCGUUGUUGUGGAAACCAGUUCUYCUCCCACACAAAAASGAGGAAGGACACAAACCCGAGAAGCCAUCCGAKUCCAAUCAGAACCACAACAGCAMGACGAAGCCUGUGGGAMCAUCCCCAAAAACCGAGGGGAGSAAGGACGGCGAUGGGGUGGAGCACAAUCCAUCGGGUCUCGCCUUUGUCGGGAGAUGGCAUUCUGGUAUACARCCGCACGAAUUGAUCGCUAAGCACAGCAAUAUACCGGAUCCGAUUCUGGAAUCCAUACCGUGGAAGGCCAUCCUGGCGACGUAUUCGCUCAAAGAAAUCCUGGAGGUCGCCAGCACGGGGACGAUCAAUGUGAUUGGGACGAACCUUCCGCAGAAAUGGGCAAAGGAAAAGCUGGCCCUGGGGCUCGACCUCGCAGCCAUCGGACAACCACCACCGAGCAAUGAACCCGUCGCGAUGGAUGCUACCAGCACCRCGAGCCUAGACACACAAGUCAAAACGAACGAAACCGCACUCGACCAACCAGACCCCAAGCGCCAAAAGACAACAGACCCGUCGCCAGGUGGAGCCCCACAAAUCGCUGGUGGUGCUGCUGCCGCGCACGCGAACGGAACAGCCGCGUUGAACGACGAUGGAUGCAUGGACCURUCCGACGUGUCGUAUGCACGCGAUCCGAGGCCCCUCGUUCCGGGAUGUGGGUGCUUCGUCUGCAAGGACGCUCGUUUCAGYAGGGCCUACAUACACCAUUUGGUGGUUGCCAAAGAAAUGGUGGCCGAAAUUCUACUGUUUGGCCACAACCUUCACUGCAUGUUGCAACUGACAAGAUCCUUCGACUCGAGCGACCCCAGCAGAGCAGCAGCCGUGAAGGAUUUCGUUUUUUCGAAGCUACCUUCUGUCGAUUGACGGAGCUGCYGCCCAUGUCAGUGGCCUCGGGUGUUAGCUGACACGCUGACAAUAUUACUUCCACUAUACUAGAUAUAAGGAUAGAGA